CCAGGAUGACAUGCGUUGCUGUGCAGGGCUUUGUGUGAUAAGCAGCGAGCUGCUGAUGUCUUAUGGCAGCUGUGGUGUUAAUAAUUUGUCUGCAUCUGUCAGUCACCUGGGGGUCUCUAAUGGAUCCGUCACAGCUGUAUCAAAGCAUCCUGAGGGCGGCCACCCCACCAGUGAGGCUGGGAGCGAGGAAGCGAGGCAGGCGCUGUGCCGUCGCCAUGCUGCCCCCCCCGCCCCCUGCCUCCCGCUCUUCUCACACUCUUUCUUUCCCCUUGGUUCUCACACGCUGUCCUUCUCUGUUCCCAGCUCUCUGCCUCCUGCUGUUUCUGCCUUGUCCGAAGGGGAUAGUUCUCAGCCUCGCAUGCUGGAAACGCUGCCAGUGAAUGUUUCUGUGUGCUGCCUGCCAGGUCCCUGGGGAAAAGGCCUGGAAAUGCAGCGCGGGAGGAGCAGUGGGAGCAAGGGAAAGCCAUUGUUUCUCACUGCUCGCCUGCUGCAUUUUCUAAUGGGAAAACUCCCUCCGCGAGGUACCGAGUUUAUGUCGCUGUGAGGCUGCCCCCUCCCCCUUGCCCCAGAAUUUACCAUCCCCUCGCGCUGAGGAGGAGAGGCUGCAGCACUACUGCGAAAAAGCUGAGGCGUGUUUUCACUUUGCCUCCUGCUUAUCUCUGGUGUUUGGACAGAGAGGUUUAAAAAGCUGGAUUUUCUGUCCCUGCAGAGUAAACACACAGAACCCGGCAGCACAAACUAUUUCUGGCUUAUCAGUGGAGGAAUGCAGCAGCUGAGGCUUAGUGCGAGUGGGCCGUCAGGAAGGCCCUGAAGGGGCCCCCUCCCCACUCCGCGCUAUUAGAAGUGUGAGAGCCCAGCAGGACUCAGAGGGGAGAGUUGGAGAAAAAGGCAGAAAAGGGAAAGAAAGAGGAAGAGAGAGAGUGAGAGAGGCUGAGCAGACCCUGAUGGCUACAGACGAAGUUACAGGAGGGGCUCGCAAAGCUACGAAAAGCAAACUUUUUGAGUUUCUGGUCCAUGGGGUGGUGAGUCGGGAAAGUUAGUGAGCUGGCUGGCUCUGAAUAGAGGGAUGAGUGGAAACUGGAGGCUCUGUGCUGGGCUGGAUCGGCUCCUGCUGUGUGCUCUUGGGGCGGUGGUAACUGCCUUGCCAGCAGAGCACUGGGGUCUGUAAAACCCCCAGAAUAUGCACUGAUUCAUUGAUAAUACAGGCUUGUGUCUGGGGGGUUGUGUGCUGUGAUUUUUGCUUUGAUUCUCCAUGACUGGUGAAUGGCAUGCUAUUGAGCCUGACCAUGGUGCAGAAUCUGCACUGGAUCUGACCCAAAUGGGCUUGUAGGACACUUUGUUCUGUAAUCAAACUUGUGUUUUGAAAAACAAUUCUGAUGCAAGCCUGACGAAGUCUUGUGGUACUGCGCUCUGGUUCUUGUCUUCAGUCUGGGCUCUAAUGUAUCCUCUGGCUACUUAACAGCGACCUGGGAUGCCAUCAGGAGCUCGAAUGCCCCAUCAGGGGGCUCCCAUGGGUCCCCCAGGUCCCCCAUAUGUUGGAAGCCCCUCAGUGAGACCUGGGAUGCCCCAGACUGUGAUGGAAACAACAAGAAAACGCACUGCGCCACAGCAGGUCCAGCAACAACAGGUGCAGCAGCAAGUGCAACAGCAGCAGCAAGCUACUCAGAACCGAACUAGGAGUGCCAAGAGGAGGAAGAUGGCUGACAAAAUUCUCCCUCAGAGGAUCCGGGAGCUGGUUCCUGAGUCCCAGGCCUACAUGGAUCUGUUGGCCUUUGAACGCAAACUAGACCAGACCAUUAUGCGGAAGCGUGUGGAUAUUCAGGAAGCGCUGAAGAGGCCAAUGAAGAUCAAGUCCAGAACUUCCCUGUUCAUGUAUCCUACUGAAAAGCAAAAGCGGAAACUGAGACUUUAUAUCUCCAACACAUUUAAUCCUGCAAAAUCUGACGCUGAUGACUCUGAUGGCAGCAUCGCAUCAUGGGAGCUUCGAGUGGAGGGGAAGCUCCUGGAUGAUCUCAGCAAACAGAAACGGAAGUUUUCAUCAUUUUUUAAGAGUCUAGUCAUUGAACUGGACAAAGAUCUUUAUGGACCUGACAACCACCUUGUGGAGUGGCACAGAACUCCCACAACUCAGGAGACUGAUGGCUUCCAGGUGAAAAGACCUGGUGAUGUCAGUGUGCGGUGCACAUUACUCCUCAUGUUGGAUUACCAGCCUCCACAGUUUAAACUGGACCCACGAUUAGCACGUUUGCUGGGGAUACACACACAGACCCGAUCUGCCAUCAUCCAGGCUCUCUGGCAGUACAUCAAAACAAAUAAGCUGCAAGACUCCCAUGACAAGGAAUACAUUAAUUGUGACAAGUACUUCCAGCAGAUCUUUGACUGUCCACGGCUAAAGUUUUCUGAAAUUCCUCAGAGACUCACUAACCUACUGCUGCCACCAGACCCUAUAGUGAUAAACCAUAUCAUCAGUUUGAUGCCAGUGUCAGUGACAGAUGCCCAGAGUCUGGAGGAGGGUCACAGGUCAGCAGAAGAGAACCUGAAGACCAGCACAAAAGAAGUCCACCACUCCAGCCAUGUUGACCCCAAUGAUCAGAAGAAGACGGCUUGUUAUGACAUAGAUGUAGAAGUUGAAGACCCGUUAAAGGGACAGAUGAGUAGUUUUCUUCUCUCAACAGCUAAUCAACAGGAGAUUACAGCAUUGGACAAUAAGAUUCAUGAGACAAUCGAAUCCAUAAAUCAGUUAAAAAUACAACGUGAUUUCAUGCUGAGUUUCUCCAAAGAUCCUAAAGGAUACAUCCAAGACCUUCUUCGAUCCCAAAGUAGGGAUCUUAAGGUGAUGACUGAUGUAGUUGGAAACCCAGAGGAAGAACGCAGAGCUGAAUUUUAUCAUGAGCCGUGGUCUCAAGAGGCUGUGAGCAGAUAUUUCUACUGCAAGAUUCAGCAACGCCGGCAGGAACUGGAACAGUCUCUGGGAGUGCGCAACACAUAAGUAUUGCUCAAAAGAUCCCAUUGGCAUCAUGACCACAGAACGAGUGGACUUCUCAGUGUUACUUAGCUCACUGUUACACAUGGACCUGCUUCCUGACUGGAUGGGAAUGUACCAUCAACAAACCAGUCAGAACACCAGCUUUAGAGUGACCUUUGAAAAAACUGCCCAUGGGAGGUGUCUCAAACCAUUCCAGGCCAUAGACAGCAGAAGAUUCCUGUGCUCCAUACAGGUGUCAAUGUUAAAGAAGAUUAAAAAUUCAUUCAUAAACUUGCAUCGAGUUCCAGUGGAAAGUUCAGACACUACACAGCAAAUCCUUAUGGGCUAUGCAUAGAAUCAUGGGUGGUAUUGAUGGGGGAGGUUGAGUUGGGUGUUAUAGGAGACUACAGAUUUAGAGAAAUAAAAGUAAUUCUCAUUCUGUUACCUAAAAUUCUCAAAUAGUAACUUCUCUGGAAUAAGACAAGAUAGUCCUGAUAGCUGUGGAAUGCUUUACAUUCCUGAACAGUUUUCACUUCAGCUGGACCAGUGCAAGAAGCCAUCGCAUCGUGUGAAAUAACAAACCAGGACGAUUUUCAAUCCUAGAAUGAAGAGCCUCUCUGGAAGGAAAAAAUAUAGUCAGGACAUUUCUUCUGCAAACUCUAAUACUCCCUCUUUCCCUUGCCCCUGCAGUGAAAGGUAGACUGAAUUGUAUAUCACUAGACAGUCUCAUGGGUGUGAUCAAUGUGCAGUACUGAGAGGAAGAAAAUUAUCUCCAGAAUGAGAGCCUCUUAGGCAUUCUCAGUAUCAGUGGGGUUAGAAAAGCUGAAGUUGAAGCAAGAAAAAAGGCAUUCUUAGAAAAUGCAGAUAACCUAAUGGUGCUUUGCUGAUACCUGCCUUGAACACAGUGGAUAUUAACAAUAAGUCUAUAGGUAAAAUAUGAGAUUUCUUAAACAUUUCUAUCCUUGUGUGCCAUAGGGAUCAGGACUGAAAAACACUUUCCUAAUUGUUAAGUUGAUUUAGAAUCCAAGAGGCUUAACUUCAUAUAACAUGGCAGUUUUCUCUUUACUUCAAGAUGUCAACAGAGUCCCUGGAUUGGUCUCACAUUUUGAUCAUAGGUAAACUGCCUCUUCCUAUUCAGUUCCCCUAUACAUGAUAUGUGCUAGUUGUAUAAGAUGCUGUUGAGUUUUGAAGCCUUAAAUAGCAUAGAGGAACUAUCCCUUGGAAAUCACCUUCUUUGCAAAUAUAUGACAAAUUCAGACUAUGGGAAUUACAACACAUUUAGUUGGAACCAGGGACAUCUUCAUUAAAUCUUUCCCCCCAUUCCACUUUUUGUAGUGCAUAGAUUGGUUUGUAAUUAAUGAUCCAGCAUGAUUUCUAGUCCAAAAAGCAGUUGCCAAAGUAUAACUGUGUCCUGAUAAUGUAGCACUCAAAAUCCUUUUCUAGGCUUCUCCUCUUCAUCUCCUUUCUUUCAUUUUCCUGGAAAGAGAGUCAAGUUCACAUGUGUUAAGGAAGGGAGGCAGCUCUUCUAAGUAAUUAAUUUUGCUAUAGUAUUGUCCGUUCCUCUUCUGCUGUCUUUGCUGAUUUAUUUCAUAUUUGAAAGAAAAGUUUCUUCUGUCUAGUCACAGAAGAGAGAGUCUUCCCUCCCACCCCUUUAUUUAAUACCUCUGCUUUCACAUUACCAGUGCCAUAGCUUUUACUCUGUCCAUUGUGUUCAGAGGUGUCUUGAAAAAUUUACAAUUGAUUGGUCAUAUGAUGGCAGUACGACCAUGCAAAACCACUGGUGUAAGAAAAAGCACAGCUGUACCUCUUUGCCCAAGGCCUUUUCUUGGGAAUGGCUUGGUUUGGAUUUUUUGUGUGUGUGUUAUAACCUCUUUUUACACUAAAACCUGAAAUCCUGCAGUCUUAAACUGGUACAGACUGAGAGGUUGCCAGACAGUUAACAACUUAAAAUCUUAUGUGCUGUAGGACUCUGCUAAUUGGACUUCCAGCAAACAUUGUGAGGGAAAACAGUGGGGAUCAUCUGCUACUGUGCUUCCGUAUUUGUUAUGCUGCUGUGUCAGUUGUGUGCAUGCUGUCCAGUGUAUAAAACUUUUUCUGUAUGUGGUAAACAGAGCAGCUACAUUCAGGGGAUGCAUUCAAAUCUCCAGGAGUAAUAAAUGCCGAGAAAAAUAAACGAGGAUAUGAGAAGGGGAUGGGGUGGGAUAGAUGCCUGCAGGAUGUCUGCCAGCAAAUUUUAUUUUUGAGAACUUUGCCAUUUGAAUGGCAAAUAUUUGUACGGAAAAAUUCCAGUCAUUUGCCACAGCUGACAAAAUAAUGGAGCCCAGUCUGCUUUUAGAAUCUCUCUUUAAAAAUAAUUGGAUGGGUCUGUUUCUAAGCCUCUUUCAGAACAAAUUAAUGAAACUACGUGUUGCUGACCAGUGGAUUCCAAGUAGCACCACUGGAAGGUGAAGCAAUGUUAAGCACCAAUGCUAUGCUGAAGUGUGCACACACAUGCAUGUUUGUGCACGUGCAUGAUUUGGCCACUGUACAUAGCAAUCCGAAAUCUAAAUUCUUAAAUCUCACUGUACAUAUUCUUCCUGCCCAUAAAAAGACUGGUCACCAAAGAAGACUCUUAGGAAUAGCUGUCAGGUGUCUUCCUUUUGUUUAAAAUGGUGUUUGAGAUUUUGAUUCUUUUAUUCUGUGCUCAGGAGCAGUUUGAGCCUCUUACUGAAGAGACAGAGAGAGAAAUGUUAUCUUCCAUUCCAGGAGUGUAGCCAGGAGCUUGCUUUUAGUAAAAACAGACAUUAUAUUUGAGGAGAAACAAUGGGACAAUUCUGGGAGGAACUGGACCAAAUGCAGCUUGGACAUGUGGAAAGUCGGUAGUACUGAACAGGCAUGUAAUUCCGGCAGAUUUUGAAUGAUAAAUUUAUUUUAAUUUCAGGCUGGUGGGUUUUUUUUGGGUGUAAAAGAUGACAAGACUAUUAUUUGUGGUCUUUGGUUUCUGCCACGGUACAAUACAAAUCUGUGCAUACUGCAAUAAAAUAUAUAUAUAUAUGUGCAUAGAUGUAGUUAAUUUAUAGAUGAUAAUAUAGAUGAUUGUUAGAAAAUAUAGCAUAAAACUAGGACAAGGUUAAAACAAUUCCUGGAGUACCAGUAGAAGGGAAAUAUAUCUUGGAGCUGAAGCGUUGACAUGGCAGUUAAAGGAAAAACAAAUGUUUGAUUGUGGAAGCAAAGUGCCAGAAUAGAGAGAAGAAUACAGCAGUGGUAAAAGGAAAGAGAAAGAUGGGAGCAGAGUGCCACUGAAGUGCCAUUAAGUCAAAGCACAGGAUAACAUGCAGAUUAAUGUUGGAACUAGCACAGUCUACGUGAUUUUGUAUAUUUUGUGUGCAUGUGUAUAUGUAUACAUAUAGAGGGGCAGGAGCAGGAGUCAGUCUCAACUGGUAUACAGCUCAGGAAAUGGGCACGCAGAGUACAGCCAAAUGUUCUGCAUUUAAGUUUUGAGACACAUUGCCAAAACUUUUCCCACCAUUAUCAGUAGGGAUUCAGCUAUUUCACUUAUCAGCAUUGGCAGUUCUAGUGCACGCAUGGUUUCAGCUGACAGCUUUUUUACACCACACUGUUUAGAAUUUAUUCUGAUGAAGCUGAGUGAAAUUAUUGGUGUAUAUCCUAGGGCUUCAAAUUUUGCUUAAAAUGUAGUCAGGUGGUGGUUUCUUUCUUUUUCUUUCUUUUCUUUUUUCUUUUUUUUUAACCUCCUUGUGUUGAGAGCCCUUUUAAUGGCAGUGCAAAGAGAUGAGUGGGAAAAAAAAAAGGCUCCUUUCUUCCUGAAUAAGGAGGUCUCCUUUCUGUAACUGCUCUGUUGUUUAAUAGGCUGUAUCUGUUCUGCCAGAUCCUGUAUGAUAAACACCUUUUCUGAUCUCACUGAAGAAAGGUACUCCAUUAAAAAGAUACAACUGUGGGUUUGGGAGUGAGCAAAUACAUGCGUAAGGAGAGGUGGGGGAGAGACACCCUCUACUCCGUAGUCACCAUAUCUUCACUGUUGGAUGCUGAGUGAGUCGUAGAAAAGCUUUUAACAAUAAAUACUUUGUUUCUUUGUA